CUUCACGCUGUCAGCCAUAUUGGCGUCUUUCUCCGUCUCGACCACCGCUAAUUUCGGGACAUGCGUGCGCCAGGUCGGCUGUAAGGACGAACAGGUUCAGCGUUUCAAUUCUGUUUGAAAGAACAGACCCCAAAACUACACGAUGGAGGCCGUCAAGGCAUUUAACGGCGAGCUGUACUCACUGAAUGAAUACAAGCCACCGAUCUCCAAAGCAAAGAUGACCCAGAUCACAAAAUCAGCAAUUAAAGCUAUAAAGUUCUACAAGCAUGUCGUCCAAAGUGUGGAGAAAUUCAUUCAAAAGUGCAAGCCCGAGUACAAAGUUCCUGGUCUGUAUGUGAUCGACUCCAUUGUGCGGCAGUCUCGUCACCAGUUUGGUCAAGAAAAAGAUGUUUUUGCUCCCCGCUUUAGUAAAAACAUUAUUGCAACGUUCCAGAACCUCUACCGCUGCCCCACUGAUGACAAGAGUAAGAUUGUCCGAGUGCUGAACCUAUGGCAGAAGAACAAUGUCUUCAAGAGUGACAUCAUCCAGCCUCUUCUGGAUAUGGCAGCAGGGCUCCCACCCCCCAGCGUCACGCCCGUCUCUGCCAGUAGUGCUGUACCCAUGAACAGCACUACCCCUGGAACUCCCGCAACUCCAGCCACCCCAGCCAACAUCGUGCCAAGUCUCCCAGACUGGGCGUCUCAGAUCUCCAACACAGACACAGUGGCUGCAGUCGCUCAGAUCUUACAGAGCCCUCAGGGCCAACAGUUGCAGCAGCUGGUGCAAAGCCUGCAGAUGCAGCAGCAGAAGCCACAGCCUUCUCUGCUGCAGGCGCUGGAUGCAGGGCUGGUGGUGCAGCUGCAGGCCCUGACUGCGCAGCUCACUGCAGCCGCAGCAGCCAACACACUCAACCCACUGGAGCAGAGAGUGUCCUCCUUCAACAAGAAGCUUUUGGGUCAGUUCGAUUUUGGGAAUGAGUCGGAGCGCAAUGAGGAUUCAAAAAAAGAUGCUGCAUCAUCUCAGUUACCUGUGGUGUCUGAGUCCAUCAAUAACUCAAUAUUCCAUCAGCUGGCUGAGCAACUCCAGCAGCAAAACCUAGAGCAGUUUCAGAAACAACUACUGGAGCACCAGCAGCAUCAACAGAAGCCCAUGACCAUUGAAGGCCAGGAAAGCAUCUUUGGUCUUGACAAUUCUGCCCCUCCGGGCCAAAACAGUGCCCCACCACAGGUCUCUGAACAAGAAGCAAAAUUGGAUGACUCCAUUGAUAACCAACAACAGGACAUGGAUAUUGAUGAAGGACAGGAUACUGUAGACGAGGAGAUCUUUGAAUCUGAAGAGAAGAAAACCAGCAGCACCUGCUCAAGAACGCGUUCGAGAUCUCGCUCUAGGUCACCCAAGAGAAGGAGGUCAAGGUCACGUUCUGGCUCACGGAAGCGUAAACACAGGAAGCGGUCACGGUCACGGUCAAGAGACCGAAAAAGGAAGUCCUCCCGUUCUUAUUCCAGUGAACGACGAGCACGGGAAAGAGAAAAGGAACGACAGAAAAAAGGGCUUCCUCCCAUCCGCUCAAAGUUUCUCAGUGUUUGCAGCACUACUCUAUGGGUUGGCCAAGUGGACAAGAAGGCCACCCAACAAGAUCUUACAAACCUCUUUGAAGAGUUUGGGCAGAUUGAAUCUAUCAAUAUGAUUCCUCCCAGAGGCUGUGCGUACAUCUGUAUGGUGCAUCGACAGGAUGCAUACCGUGCCCUACAAAAACUGAGCACUGGCUCCUACAAGAUUGGCUCAAAGGUCAUCAAAAUUGCCUGGGCCCUAAAUAAAGGUGUUAAACAGGAGUAUAAACAGUUCUGGGAUGUUGACCUUGGGGUCACUUAUAUCCCAUGGGAGAAGGUCAAACUAGAUGACCUGGAUGAUUUUGCAGAGGGAGGCAUGAUUGACCAGGAGACAGUCAACAAUGAAUGGGAAGCUCUACGGAACACAGAGGCAACCAAAGAUACUUCGAGUCAAGCUGUGGCAGCUGAAGCCAGUACAGCGAGCAGCACACCCAGUGAGGCCUUUACACAGCCCAUCACCAUGAUGCCCGUACAGAUUCCAGUGGCACAAACAGUCUCUGCUGUUGGCCUUGUGCCUCCAUCCUUCCCUGUCACCAUGGCAAUGCCCCCACCAGGCUUUGGUCCCCCUCCACCCUUUCUAAGGGCUGGGUUUAAUGCAUCACAACCUCCCCCAGGUUUCAUGGCCACUCCUGGAGUUGCACCUGCAGCGGUUGGAACCAGUCUUGCUUCGGCACAGACCCCUCUAGUGCAGCCUUCAAUGCCAACCACUCAAGAGAACAGCAAGAAUUCUCCAUUUGGAGCUAUGAUUCCUCCCACCAGCACUAUUCCUGGGAGUUUUAUUCCAUCAGCAAUGCCUGGGGCAGGAGUCUUUAACCCUGUGGGAGCACAGCCUCCACAGAGCAGCACAGACAAAAUGUCUCAGUCUGCAGAUAUUAUGGAGACAACACCUGAGAUAACACUACAGGGAAUGCAGAAUGCAGUGCGCAGUGGAAUGGGUCUUCUGGGCAUGCACCCCUCUGCAUCCCUAAGUCAUCCUCUCUCUGGCCAGCGCAUGGCAGGUCUGAUUCCUCUGGAGCUGCGGCCCAACCUACUCCAAGGAACUGGAGGCCGCUUCCCCCUCCUUAUGCAGCAGGGCCUUGCACAUCAAGCCAACAACCUCCUGGAUGCUUCCCUUCAAGCCCAAGCACGUACUCGGGCCCCCUUCUCCCACAUGGAGCAGUUCAGUCGCACCGAGGGCGCUUUUGCUAGAGCACCUAACCCAUCACCUGCUGGAGCUGACGGUCUGGCAAAAAAUCAUAAUCAGACGCUACCCAGGUCAGAUGUAGGUGCCCAACAAGAGGGAGAUCAGGACUACCGUUUUCCACCACCAGAGAAGCAGAGCACAGGGUUGUUGAAGACUCCUCCUUUGGAGAUGCGUACUGAGCCUGUCCCUUCCAGACCACCUUUACUGGAAAGACCUCCGAGAGCACUCUUGCAAGCAGAGGGUAGAAGAGAAACUAUGUCGGGGGGUUUCAGAGCAGAAAGUCGCUGGGGUCCACCCAGGGGGGACUUUGAUGAACGAGACAUGAGAGGGAUGUCUGGAACUCCGAAGGGUUUCCAAGAGGAGCGUUCCAACCCUAACUUUCAGAGUCGUUUUGAGGGCCGCAGUGGAUCAGGACCAGCUUGGAACCGUGGAGCUGGAACUUCUUUUAAUGCCAACAUGCACCAGGACUACGAUGAUCGUCGCAGACCUUGGGAAAGGCAGAAAGACCGUGAUGACAGGGACGUGGACUUCCGAGGUGAAAUGAACGGCAAUCGCCACAGCCGGGAGCGAGACAGAGACCGCGAAAGGGAGAGAGAAAGGAAUCGGGAUCGUGAACGUGGCAGAGAAUGGAAUCGCGAGAGAGAGCGUGAACGGGAGAGGGAAAGGGACAAUGAGAAGGACAUAGAGCGGGAGAGGGGCCGCUGGACUCCUCUUACUACUCAGUCUCAGCCACUCUUGCCACAGCCCCAACUUCCCAAGUCUCAACCGCUACUCCCUCUGCCGACCCCCUUGCUUGCCCAACCUCAAGGACAGGCGCAAACUGACUUGCCGACUACGCCAACCCCGCAGCAAGAGCCUCAGCCAGAACUGCAACCGACACAACCAGUUGCUGAAACCCAACCGGAAAUGAAGCCAGAGCUGCAGUCACAGCCCAAACCUCUCAACCCCCCUGAAAAGGCAACAAGCAGCCAAGAGCAGAAGGAAGCCUUCAGUGUCAAUGGACCGGAGACAGACUCAAAGCCUCAAUCAAACAUUAUGGAACCUGCAUCCCACCCUACAACAGAGCCCUCUUGUAGCCCAUCUCCAUCCCGUACCUCCACACCCACCUGCUUCCAGAACGAGCCCCUGAAAGAAGAGAAGACCCCAGAAAUGUCUGUUUCCUCUUCUGAGAAUGCAGACAUGGAAAAGACUGGGCCAAAGGUGGACGCUGAGACUGAACCUGAGCUAGCGAAAACAGACACUGAGGAAACAUAAUCAUCACUCAGUAGGUAAAGAUCAUUUUGUAUAGUUGUCAUCUCUGUAAUCAUUUCAAAAGCUCCCACAGGACCCACUCAAUACGCUAGAUUAUGUCAUAAUGAAUGAUUUUUACCUUUCAAGCUACAAAUGUAUGUGCGUUAUAGGUGGCUCACACUAGCGGAUCUCAAUGGUAGGUGAGAUUUUAAUAUUUUAUUUUUAUUCCCUGGUUUUAGUUUUUAAUGCAACCCCAAUGUUUUAAACUAGAUGGUUUAUGUUAUUUUUUUUCAUGACACUUGCUUGCCAUAAUGUUGUGUAGCCUAAUUGUAAAUGCAGGGAGAAAGAGGUUUGACCUUCCUAUGGAAGAGUUUAAGGAUUCUGGCCUUCCCCUUUUGAUUGAUUGCAGAAUACUUGAAAACAGCACUGGCCUGUUUCGUCUUUUCUUUUCAAAACUGCAGCUGCAAAGUUUGACAUGAAUGCCUCUGUGUUGUCCAAUGCUUCUUGUCUUUAAAGCAGAAUAUACGUACAUACAGUGAGAACAGUAUUGGUUUUUAGUUGCUAUGAAAAGGAACCUUAAAAAAAAUUAAACUAUGCUGUAUCAUCCAAAUAUUAAAUGUCUGUGAUUUUUCUUCAUCAUACUACCCUGGAAAACAAGAGCUAAGUCAGAAAAGGCUAUACAUUGAAAAAUGGAUGUUGGGUGCAAUCUGUUUUAGUUUCAAAUAAACAUGCUUUGUUUGUUACAAA